AGGUGCUGUUUUAUUACUAUUCAAAUUACCAUGUGGCAAGACGUAUUUACAUACUGGUGAUUUUCGGGCUAACAGUGCCAUGGAAAGAUACCCUCAGCUUCAGAAGACUCACAUUCAUGAGCUUUAUCUUGAUACAACGUACUGUGAUCCUGCAUACGACUUUCCACCACAGUCAGAUGUUAUAAAGUUUGCUGUUUCCACAGCUGUCCAAGCAGUCUUUGAUAAUCCAAAGACACUCAUUGUAUGUGGAACAUACUCUAUUGGAAAGGAAAGAAUAUUCCUUGCUAUAGCUGACGCCUUAGACUGUAAAAUAUGUGUGACCAGAGAUAAGCAGUCUAUUUUAAUGUGUCUAGAAGAUAAGCACAUUGAAUCAUUGAUGACAUUAGACUGGAAUAGUACCAAGCUGCAUGUAAUACCCAUGGCACAGAUCACUCACAAGAAAUUACUUGCCUAUCUUGACAACACAAAAAUAAGUACGACAAAGUCCUUGCAUUCAAACCAACUGGUUGGACACAUAGCGAAGGCACAAACUUGUCAAAAAUCAAACCUUCUAAAAAAGGACCAGUCUCAAUAUACGGUGUUCCAUACAGUGAGCACAGCAGUUUUCGAGAACUAGAACGUUUCGUCAAGUUCCUCAGACCAGACAGAAUCCUGCCUACUGUGAACAAUGGAACUACACGAAGUCGACAGAAAAUGGAAGACGUCUUUGCCAAAUGGAUGAAGAUAUCCCCCUCUUGAUUAACAGUAGAAUUUGUCAGCGGUGAGAAAUCUUAGUCGAUUUCAGUUUCAUAGCUUUUAUUUUGAGCAAACCCAUUCCUUUAGUCUGUGUCUGUUUUUUGCUACUCCUCUUGUCUGUUAUAUAUUUUUUGAUCUGCAGUUAACACGGAGAACUUAAACAUUUUUUGGCCUUAUCAGUAAAAAUAUCAAUAUUACUUCUUGC